AUGUAUUUCUAUAGAAUUAUCUCAGAGAGACAUGUGAUACAAUAUUGUAUUGCAUAGUAUGUGUCAAAACCUGGAAAACGUGCAAGAACGUAAGGUUACGGCGUCUUAACAAACGAUUCUUAAGAAUGUGUAAACACCGUGAAUACAUGUCCUUGUGCAACGUACCCUAGACCUGUACGAACUUCCUGGUUGGCAAACUAAUGUACAGACAAGGUGUUUGACGUUGUAGCCGACCAGACAUGGGAUUUUGCCGGUACCUACUGGUCAGCUGGUCAGUAGUGUGGACGCUGACGGUGGUUAACGCAUCAGUUAACAUCGCCUCUGGUAAAGCCACUAACCAAAGUUCUGUCCUCCAUAACUGGGACAGCUCUAAAGCCGUAGACGGAUGUAAGAGCACAUACAUGACCUCCGACUGCUGUACACACACGGCGCAAGGCCAGACCGAGGCCUGGUGGCAGGUAGAUCUACAGACACAGUCCGUCAUAGACUCCGUGAAUAUCAUAUAUAGAGAUGAGAACAACCUAGCCAGAUUUGCGGGAUACGAGAUAUUCCUGUCUAAUACUCAAGACUGGACAUUAGGAACAAGGUGUCACAAGGACACCACAGCUGAAUUGGGGUCCAUGGCUGUGACACAGUACAUUACAUGUCCAGGUGUCUCCCGGUAUCUGACUAUCUACAAUGACCGUCGAGAAGAAGCAAAAACGUGGUACUCGACGGAUGCUAUACUGGAACUGUGUGAGGUACAAGUUUAUGGUUGCCAAGUUGGGAAGUACGGAAAUGGAAAUUGCAAUAACGACUGCUUAAACUGCCUCGGUAACAUGUGUGACGCAACAUCUGGUACAUGUGACGAUUGCGCUGCUGGAUAUUAUAAAGUUAGUGAAAUUUGCAGUCCAUGUGCGUCUAAUUGCGCAGGAAAGAAAUGUGAGGGUCUUACGGGAGCUUGUAUAGACGGCUGCACAACGGGAUUUUCAGGCACAUGGUGCAGAUGUCCAGUAAACUGUAAUGACACAAGCUGUCCUAAUUACCAGUGUACAGAAUGUACUGGUGGAUACUACGGACCAUUCUGUACACCAUGUCCUGUUGGCUGUAGCAAUGACACAUGCAAUAAAACGUCAGGACAUUGUUUUCACUGUAGUGAUGGAUUCUACGGACCAACCUGUAUACGAUGUCCUAUUGGCUGUAGCGCUGACACAUGCAACACAACGUCAGGACAUUGUUUUCGUUGCACAUCUGGUAGCUAUGGAAAUACUUGUAAUCAGACGUGUCCAUCUAAUUGUAAAAAUGACAUAUGUGAACAACUGAACGGUGAAUGCACAGAAUGCGUCCAAGGAUUCCAUGGCAGUGUCUGCAGUCAGGCGUGUCAAACCAAUUGUAAAAUCAACAUUUGUAACAUGCAAGACGGAGUGUGUAUUGAAUGCGACCCAGGACUCCAUGGCAGCGACUGCAGCCAGGCGUGUCCAACCAAUUGUAAAAACAACAUUUGUAACAUGCAAGACGGAGUGUGUAUCGAAACGGAGGCUUUGACAGAAACAACCAAUACCAAAGUCGGAACAUAUGCAGGGGCAGUAGUUGGAGUGGUUGUCGUCAUUGCUUUCGUAAUAAUAGUGGUCGUCAUAGUCCUCAGACGAAGAACCUUGCAAACAAAACAACAUGCAGAGUACGAUGAUGACCCAAAGAAUACGUCAUCCCUGCCUCUUGCCACAUCAGGGCGCAAAAGCCAUAAGACAUCGAAGACUGCAAUGCCUGUUACGAAUGAUAAAACGAUCGAAUACAUCAACGUCUGUGAUGUCGGUAAGAAGGACGAAGAGGUAGUAUAUAGCAAUAUGUACACCUCGGGUGGUGUCUCUAUUGAUGACAUCCGAGCAAUGAUACCACAAAAGUUGGAAAAUGAAGAAGAAGAAUUUAAGAAGGAAUUCAAGGAGUUGCCCUGGGGAGCAGUGCAUCCUCACCUAGUAGGUGCCAAAGCAUCCAAUAAACCAAAGAACAGAUUCAAAACAACAUUUCCUUAUGACCAUUCCCGUGUCAUACUGGAUAAAAUUGGGAAUGAUCCUGACUCGACCUACAUUAACGCCAAUUACAUUGACAGUACCGACACCCGCCAAGCUUAUGUCGCAUGUCAAGGACCAAAGGAAAAAACGGUGGACGAUUUUUGGAGGAUGGUUUGGCAACUGAACACUGGGAAAAUCGUCAUGGUUACAAAUCUUACCGAGGGCGGCAAUGUCAAAUGUCACCAAUACUGGCCUGACGAAGGUAAACCUUUAUCAACGAAGCAUUUAAACAUCAGUCUCGAUCGAGAGAGGACGUAUGCUUUUUAUAUACUACGUGAGAUUUCAGUGACACACAGAAAGACAAAAAAAGAGCGUCAGGUUCACCAGUUCCACUUUACAACAUGGCCGGACCACGGAACUCCAGACACCCUUGAACUCGUCCUAUUCCACCGACGUGUGACCUCAUAUAGGACACAUCUUACUGGGCAGAUGGUUGUACACUGCAGCGCUGGACUCGGGAGGACGGGAACCUUCAUAGGUCUAGAUGCUCUUUCAAAGGAGGAAAAGAAAUCUGGACAAGUGGAUAUUUCGAGUUACAUAAGAAAAAUGCGAGAGAACCGAAUGAAUAUGGUUCAAACUCAUGAACAGUAUAUCGCUCUUCACGAAUUGCUUGUCCAGAAACACGAUCUACAGGAUACUCUGAUUUCCGAUACAGACUUUCCUGUAACUUUGAGAAAAAUGCUUCCGCCCGGAAAACCAACAAACCAAACAAAGCUACGAAAAGAAUUUGAAAAUCUUCAGACUCUCAUUCCCAAAUAUGAUUCGAGUUGCUACAGAGCAGGAAUGAUGAAAGAAAACAAGAGCAAAAACAGAACAAUGUCUAUUAAAGCAGUUGACAUGUAUCGAGCUUACCUGCGGUCACAGGUGGGCGACAGGAAUGACUACAUCAAUGCUGUUAUGCUACAGUCACACAGGUCGAAAUCAGGGUACCUUAUGACACAGUUUCCGUUAGAGGGCACAGUUGAUGACUUGUGGACGAUGGUGAUUGACUACAACUGUGAGAACAUCGUUGUCCUAGGUACCCCUACAGAGCACUGGCUUCGAGAAGAGAGCGAGGCAAAUGAAGCCCAUGGGAUAUAUCUUAGGAAGCAAAAUGCAUUAGCGGUCAUUCCCGACGUUGAUAUUGCUGACUAUAACAUAAAAAGCAAGAGAUCCAAAACUGACAUGACAAUACGGAUCUUCACUAUGAAGGAGUGGUCAUCGGAUUCUUUGCUGCCCCCCUCCAACUCGUCCCUUCUCCUUCUGCUGGAGCAACUGGACAGUCGUCGACAGUCAGACAAUACAAAACCCGUGGUCGUCAUGUGUCAGGACGGAUGCACACAGAGUGGACUAUUCUGUUGUAUAUCAAACGCCCGAGAUCAAAUGAAGAUGGAUAAUGAAGUGGACAUAUUUCAAACGUCUAGACAAAUACAAGUCCGACGGCCACCAGCUCUCAGACACAUUGAGCAGUACCAGUACUGUUACAACUUCAUUGGGCAGUAUCUGGACUCAACCAACAUCUACAUCAACUAAAGGCGUGUGAAAUGGGAAUCCUUGCGUCUUUUGAAGGCUGACAGUUAACUAUCUGGAUUGAGAUGAAGGUGGUUUCCAAGUUUCCAUAGUUACCUUCAUGAAACUUCAUUCGAUCGUUUUAGUGGAAGUGAACUUCCGUAUAAUAACAGGAUGUGAUUGCCGAUUGAAAGACCAGGAAUGUUUGAAGACGGAAAGAACAGAUUCAAAUGUUUUCCGGUAUUUGGAAAAUCUUCCUCGUAACGCAUGUGUUUUGUGAGACGAUAACCUACGACACCAAAGCGCAAUGCAUUGCAUCACAGAGACGUACUAGUUGUUACCAAUUAGACUAUAUUAUAGGAAUGAUUACAUAUGUACACUUAUAUCUUAAAUAACUCUACGUAAGGAGUAAA